AUGAGUGACCCUCAGCCUCUGCAGGAGGAGGCCUACGACAUGUCGGGGGCCCGCCUGGCCCUGACGCUGUGCGUCACCAAAGCCCGGGAAGGCUCGGAGGCCGACCUGCGCGCCCUGGAGCGCAUGUUCCGGCAGCUGCGGUUCCGAGAGACUGAAAGGGACCCCACGGCGCAGCAAUUCCAGGAGGAGCUGGACAGGUUCCGGCAGGCCAUGGACGGCCGGGACGGCCCCGUGAGCUGCGCCUUCGUGGUGCUCAUGGCGCACGGGUACGAAGGCUUCCUCAAGGGGCAGGACGGGCGCAUGGUGGAGCUGGACGGGCUCUUCCAGGCCCUGAACAACAGGAACUGCCGCGCCCUGCGCGCCAAGCCCAAGGUCUACAUCAUCCAGGCCUGCCGAGGAGAACGGAGGGACCCGGGAGAAACCGUGGGUGGAGAGGAGAUUGUGAUGAUCGCGGGCGAAAUCCACACCAUCCACACGUACACAGACGCCGCCCUCCACGUCUACUCCCCGUGGAGGGUACGAGCUCCCGGGUUCACUUCCUACAGACACGAUGAGGACGGCUCCUGCUUCAUCCAGACCCUGGUGGACGUGUUCACGGAGAGGAAGGGGCCCAUCCUGGAGCUGCUGACGGAGGUGACUCGGCGGAUGGCAGAAGCAGAAGUGCUUCAGGAAGGGAAGGAGAGGAAAGUGAACCCCGAAAUCCUGAGCACCCUCCGGAAACAGCUCUACCUGCAGUAG